AUUCAUGCGCGGACUCCGGCGGGUGGCGGGCCUUCCCCACUUGCCCCCAUGUUAUUCAUUUAUCACACUCUCUUGCUAUCCCAUAAAAAUCCCAACUACUUGUUUCAACUCUCUCUCGAUCUCAUGUCCACCGCCGACCCACCUCUACAAUCCGCCGGCGGCGUCGGCCUCGGCUACGGCAUCGCCAUCGCUGUCACCAUCCUCGUCCUCAUCUCCACCAUCAUGCUCGCCUCCUACGCCUGCGUCCGCGUCAAAUCCGGCAGCAGAAUCCCCACCACCACCGCCCGCAACCGCCAACACCCCCCCAACCCAAGCCCCGCCACACCGCCCGAGCCCACGACCGUGGUCGUGCUGGGCCUGGACAAGCCCGUCAUCGAGUCCUACUACCCGAAGACCGUGCUGGGCGAGAGCCGGCGCCUGCCCAGGCCCGACGACGGCCCGUGCUGCAUUUGCCUGUCGGAGUACAGGGCUAGAGAUACGAUACGGUGGGUUCCGGAGUGCAACCACUGCUUCCACGUCGAUUGCAUCGAUGAGUGGCUCCGGAUGAGCGCCACGUGUCCCGUCUGCCGGACCUCCCCUGCUCCGUCGCCGGCUCCCAGCCCGCUGGCGACCCCGCUGUCUGAGCUGGUACCUCUGGCCUUUCACAUCCGAUGAUUCCCUUGGGUUUAUUGGCAUACUCAUUAAAUUUCUUUUGUUAGUAGUAAUUGCUAAUCUUAAUUAGAUGGUUUUUUUUAGAACAGAAAAGUAAAGCACACAUUUUUAAGAAACAACUCUGAAAGUAACUGUGUUCGAAAUCGUGCAAUACAUGCAUGUGGAUCCGUGUGCAUCGAACGAUCUAAUAAGCAGUUGCGUCUAGAGUUGUAUUUGAAAGUUGUGCGUUCUUUUGAGAACAUAAUGAGAUUACAGUAAUUGUGUCCGAAA